AUGCUGGGUGCACGAGCCCGAGCGGCUGAAUACAAUGCCUUCAAAGCUGCAUCAGCGAGACAAGCCUCGCGGGAAGCUGAAGAACAGAGGCUGCCACCGAAGCCUGUGCCGGUGUCUCUCAGCGCCUUCACCAAAAACACACAACCGAACCGCAACAAGGGUGCCAAAGCCUAUGUGCCUUUGGUCUUGGAAGACGCAUCUGAAGAUGGCAAAGAGGCUUUGGGGGGCAACAAUGACACACCAUCAACACCCACCCACCAAGCUCGCACCGUCGAUCGGGACAACUCUGCUGCUCUCAAAGUUGAGACACCUUUAGGCCCUCGCAACCCUCAACCUGUCCGAGUCGUCAUGCCGGCAAUGUCAGCACCAACGGCACCCAAAGCCAUGAUUGCCGUAGUAGAAAGAACUCCUGGGCUUAUGGUUCCAACACCUCAGCGAAGUCAGCCGCAUUCUAUUACCAGACAAUCCCAACAAGCCGUUCCCAUCAGCGUGCAGAGCUCCCCAAGCACCGUUUCUGGAACGAGUGGGUUCCCGGGCCUUGAUCUGUUAUGGCCGUACUUACCAGCUCUUCCCCCGCUAGGUUACCCUUCGAUGCGAUUUUUCCAGCCGACUCAAUAUCUCGGUGAUAUGAUGGCCCCAUCCGAUCUCAGUCCCACGAAGCAGGAGAACAAACUGGCCUUGCUAUCCCGAAGCUACGGCAACCCGUCCCAGAGCUUCGGAGCCACUCCCCAGCAGUUUUCGGGAAGUCCAGACAUGCGUAAUAGAUCGCAGAUGCUCAACAACUCCUAUGCCACCGCAACGCCUGCCUGGAAUCCAUAUCAGCAGUUUGGUGGAUUUGUGCACGAUCCUUCCCAGCGUCCAGUCUUCCAGCACUUCAAUUCUGAUGGAAUUGUGCCUCCUAAUGAAGAGCCGCGCCGCAAUCAUCCCAUGCCCACAACAAAUCUUCCGCGACGACUUUCUUACCCAGAUACCGAUGAUUCGUUUCUCAAUCCCGGACCUGAUGUAGACAUCUCAGGGAAGGUUUCGACUCAAAAUAUAAAACGUAAGUCAGCCGGAACUCCCGAAGAUGAGCCAUAUGAUCGCAAUAGCAAGAUGCAGAAUUUUGUUGCGGCACAACAGGCACUGGCAAAGACAGGCAAGACAGUUCUGCAUAAUCCAGAUCUGCAUCGCGUGAAAGCCUCAGAUUUGCAGAGACCGCCAUCGACGGCGAGCAGCACAACAUCAGAGCAUGAAUUUCGCAUUGGGAUGAAGGAAGACAACGUUGACCCAGGAUCUCAGCCUUCGUUGAGGCCGCCACCGGGGUUUGAGAUGCACGCAGUCGGGCUCCCCAUUGCAGAUGAACUUGAGACAUAUGGCCCAUCUCCUCUCGAUGAUGAGGCACUUCGCAAAGAGUUCGGAGUUGAUACGGAUGACUGGUAUCAGCUCAAGCCCGUGUCAAAGAGCGAACGCCUUAGAAUGAAUCGGGUCAUGAAGCUCUGCAGUACAGCAAUAGAUGCCGAUACCCCGAAGGCUCUGUUCCAGGAUAUGCGGAUCGACAGACGGGACAAGCUCCUCAACUCGUUUCAAUGGGAAAGCCAGGGUAACCGCGUCGUGAGGAAUGUGGUGGAACAGAUCGUCGAAGAUCAUAUUGCAGGCCGAAUCACGAACAAUCUGGGUUGUGAUGGAGCUGUGAGCCACGCCUCGGUGGAUGUCGACAUGGAGAAGGCGGCAAUCUACGCGGUGGGGGACAUAUGGGCCAACCUAUUGAGCAGCACGGAGGCAGGCACAACAGGAUGUGAACAGGAGACUUUUCCGUGCAAAUACAAACCAGCACCAGAGUAUGCAAUUGAGAGAGGUCGACUGCUGACUGGAAAUUCCGGGAGCUCAAGCUUCUUUGAGGAGGACACGGGCGGAUUUUACAACGCUCCCAGCCGCAUUGCGCGAGAUCCAAGAUUUCGGCCAACCAGCAAAGAAGGCAUCAAGCCCAAGUCAGAUGAUGAAUGGAACCAUCGAUUCGAUAUGUACGGCAGAAGACGCUUGUAA